AUGGAAUACAGCUUCACGUUUACUUCAAAGGCGCACAACAAUCUCAAUCUCACCAAACGCCUCGUACUAUCUGAAGUAGCACAGAUAUUUGAUCCACUUGGCUUCUUAUCACUAGUCAUUAUUCGAGCUAAAGUGCUCUUGCAAGAAUUAUGGCUCCACAAUCUCAAAUGGGAUGAUCCACUGCCAUCCACGUCACAACUCGAUGGAUCGCGAUCAGAGAAGAUCUUACAAGUCUGGCCAGACUCUCAAUACCUAGGUGGUUCAACACCUACAGCAAUUCUACAGUGGAACUACAUGGCUUCUCCGACGUAUCUCAAUUCGCCAUGGCGGAACUGCUCUGAUGCUGGCAAAAUUAAUGAAAUACGUUCAAGCAAAUCUCAACAUUGCUACGGACUCUCAACAUUGCUACAAAUCUCAAACUCAACGGACUCUCAAGUGACACUUACAUGGAUCAAAUCUCACGCAUCGCGGUGGAAGGACUACAUCAAGAAUCGUGUGACACAAAUUCAAGAAAUCACGCAAACUGCACAUUGCAUUCACAUUCCUGGCACAUCGAACCCUGCUGAUUGCGCAUCACGAGGCUUAACAACUGCUCAGCUUGAACAACAUAGGCUAUGGUGGAGGGGACCACCAUGGCUUUCUCAAUCACGUGAAUCAUGGCCUGCACAACACAAUUCAUCUGACGACACUUGCCUGCAGGAGUGUCGUCCAGGAAUCUCACACGUACUCACGUGUCAAAAACUCGAAUACCAUUGGCACUUGAUUUACAAAUACUUUUCACUACACAAACUCUUUCAUAUUACCUCAGCUUGUUUCAGCUUUAUCUCCAAACUGAGGAAAUCGACAGCACCUUCAAUUUUCGUCUCAAAUUUGCCAGUUGACUUGAAAAAGGCCAAGACGUUCUGGAUCAAGGCCACUCAAUCGGCCUACUUCUCACACGAGCUCAAGAUGAUGGUCAACAAUCAAACAUUGCCUUCAUCUCACGUCUUCAGCCGACUGACGGCCUUCAUGGACGAUCAAGGUGUCAUUCGAGUUGGAGGAAGACUCACAAACGCACCGUUGACCUAUGAAGAUCACUCCCACAAAGCAACGCUUCAUAGAGGUACAGAAUUCACACUCGCUCACAUCAGGCAGACUUACUGGAUCAUCGGUGGACGAGCUCCAGUUAAAUCGUACAUCCUGCGGUGUGUUGUGCCCAUCAACUGA